ACGCGGAAGCCGCGCGGGGCGGGGAGCCCGGAGCGUGGCGGCGCGUCUGCGGGGAAAGGGAUCCUGCCGGGCGGCGCCUCUCUCGCUUCUAGCGGGGGGUCGCGAGGCGCCCCGCCGGGUCUACUCGGAGAUUUAAAGGAAUUUCAGAAUUUGGGCCUGGCAACCUUCCUUCCCCUUGUGGCCUCCAGAUGUACUCAGCCAGCUGUCUUCAGAAGCCCGCAGGUGUGGUGUGAGGACGUGCCGCUUGGGACUUGUCCCUGCCGGUCCCUAUGGGGGAGUGUUUGGCUUGAGAUGACAAAGCAGAGCCGGUUAACAUGAGUACAGAUAAGAACGAAAUGCUUCACACGCCAGUUAAUGGUGGGAAAGCUGUGCUGGCUGCUUCUGCUGCCAGUCGCGAAAACAAACCGGCUGAACCGAAAGCAGGACCAGAAGGGCAGGUUUGCUCUAGCCCUGGCAUCAGCGCACUUACGGACAACACAAAGCGAUUCAGGCUAAGCAAUAGCCAAGAACAGGCCACUCCAGAAGGGCCCGGGAUGUCUCAGCAAAAGGCCAGGAAAGGAGCUGGUUCUUCAUCUGCCACAGACGAGAAACCCAAAAAGAGUGUGUUUCCUAUACGGCUGACUAGAAACAAAAAAGAAAAACACACUCCCCAUGACAAAACAGCCUCGCCAAAUGCAGGCUCCAGCCACAAAGGAAAGCCUACCUUAGUGGCCAAAGAAGAUUGUAGACGUCAAACACAGAGACCUCUGGCGGAGGUCCUGCAACCCAACCAAGAUAGCUGCAGUAAGGGGGAAGUAAAACCAUCACCCUUCUCUUCGCCUGUGGGAUCUUCAGUAGACUAUGAGGAGGACAUGUACCGGGAUGCAGAAGAAAUAGAGAGAGAGAAAGAGUUGCUUGUGUGUGGGACAGGCACCUCAGUUUUUCCAGAAAAUAAACUAAGUGUUGCACCAGAAGUAGAUAUCAUGGAUUAUUGCCAGAAGGAAUGGAGAGGAAACACUUCAAGUGCCAAGCGUAUGAGAAAGGGCUAUGAAGCAGUUUCACAGAAAUUCAUUUCCAUAAGGAGAGUCCGAGGGGACAAUUACUGCGCAGUCAGGGCGACACUGUUUCAGGCACUCAGCCAAACCCUGCAGACUCCUGACUGGCUCCAGAGAGAGGAUAUACUGUUGCUACCAGAGAAGUUAAUGGCCAAGUACGUCUGGAUCACGGAGUGGCAAAAACCAACUGGAAAAGCAGAAAACUGGACCGACGAAAUUAAAGAAUGCUUACUGUUACUAAAGCAGAAGUGGGAAAGUAUAAGUGCAGCAAAGAUCCUCACAGAGAAGCAAGCUGCUUGCGAUGAGCUUUUUCGAGGUGAAGAGGAUGAGUACAGUCUUUACGAAGCUGUCAAGUUUCUCAUGCUCAACACCGCUAUCAAGUUGUAUGAAGAUAACGAGAAGGGGUUGGAGGUGCCUGAGUUCUCCUGGCUUCUCUUUGCUCGGGAUACGUCCAGCAACCCUUUUCAGCUCAUGAAGAAUCACUUGAAUCAGCUCGGGCACACAGGAGGCCUCGAACAAGUGGAAAUGUUUCUCCUGGCUUUUGCGCUGCAGCACUCCAUCCAUGUUUACCGACUGUAUAAGUACGGCACGGAUGAAUUCAUUACUCUUUAUCCCAAUCACCCCAGAGAGGGCUGGCCGGUGGUGACCCUUAUCACCGAGGAUGACAGACAUUAUAAUAUUCCCGUCAGGAUGUGUGAAGAGACUAGUUUUUAAAGUGAUGGUGUGAACGGGGAUAUCGACUGAAUAAAUGAUUUAAAGGCAGGUUUCUUUUCAGAUAAAAUUUAUACUUAAUGGCAGUAAAAGGAGUUGUGUGGUUACAUUUAAAACAUGCAGCAAUGCUGACAAUUCGUGAAAACCCGAGGUCCUGCUUCUGAUGAGAAAUUUGUCAAAGGAUUCUACACACCUAAUAGAGCAAGACAUCAAUAAAUAUUGCAAGACACGGGCUCUGCUAGAAUUGUUUUCUUUGCUAUUGAGAAAGGGACACCCAUGCGCUCGAGCACUUUCUUCACAGUAAUGCCCUUUCUGGAUCCGGGACUGCACAGGUAGAUAAACGGGAGGCACUGUGAUAUCUGCUAAGAGUCCUUCCAUCAGUACAGCAGCGGCUAUUUUCCAUGGACGGAGGAAGGGGAAAUUCUGCUGAUUGUUCCACACCCUUCUAUUGCAGAGUUCCAGUUUCCUCCACGCACUGUUUGUUUGGGUCCACUGACACACACAACCCAAUUUCAAGGUGGCACAAAAGGUUCCAAGGAGAGGGGAGGCGUUUCCUU